AUGGCAACUUCUAGACAAAUCAGCUCCUUAGCAAGAAGCAAGGCAGCACGAGAAUGCAGUCGACCUGAACAUGACCUUCGAAUCCUUCUUGGUCACAUACAAGUUCUCGAUCACGUAGAACGUCACCCAGCAGAUCUCUAUCAGCAGCAGCGCUCAACACGACAACCGCCCCCAGUAACACACCACGAGCCAGUAGACGUGGUAAAACAACCAGAAACGCCUAAACUCAUCAACAGUGCCCCUGUUACAUCAGGGGCAAUUGCUCUAAACGAUGGCGUCUCAUUGUCAGCAGUGUCGGCAGUACCGACAUUAGUGACUGUCGAAGAGCUCAUCGACGAUGAUUGGGAUGCAUGA